CACAUCCCCACCCAGAAAUUCCCAAAGAACAUUCCCCACCCCCCGGGGAAUCAAGCUUAACCGAAGGUGUUUGGUUUUGUUUUACAGUGUACAGUGGAAACUGACUUUCCGCGUCAUAAGUUUUUGACAUCCGGCGUCUGGUUUUGAGCUACUGUUGUAAGAAGCGAGGCACUUCACACUCUGUUUUUCGUCAACCAGCGCUCCUCAAGAUCGAAUUAAAAUGAAGCACAGUUAAAUUAUUGUAUCAUAAUGGACGAAUUGGUAAACUCAAACGAAGAAAACGAAGAAGGAAAUGUCAUUUCUCGAGCGCGUGCCUUCGUCAGGAGUGAAGUAACAAGGCUUCGAGAAGGCGCUGGAGAAGUUACAUUAGACCUUCGUAAGUUUUUGAGCAGACAUUCUCAUGUAAGAGAAAGACAUCCGAACGGAGAGGUCGAUCACCUAGACGGAACUGAGAUAACUGAAGCUGAGGAUAGAAUCAUGGACAUCCUCAAAAGGAUUUCUACAGUACCUGUUGCUCAGAUCGAGGAGGUUGUCACAGCAGAAAAUAUUUGCCACUGUCGAAAUCCUCUUGAAAAAGCAUUUGAGAUUUCUACGAAACUAAAGGAGCUAGCAUUGAGUCGGGAUGAAAAUGCUGUUUUUCUUAACACCCUAGCAGAACAGGUCGAGGAUUUUUCGGUUACGCUGAUAGAUCAAGUCAAUAAGAAGGAGGAAAUAUCUCGUAAACAAGAUGUGGAUAUGGAUACGUAUGCGUCCUUUCUUGAUGAUAUAACAGAGUCUGCAAUUCGUUUCUCACAAAAGAAGUUCGUAUCCCAUCCACUGACGUACAGACUGCUGAAUGAAAGGUGGAACUAUGGUUUGCCAUCGCAGUGCCUUCCUGGAAGAAAACUUCGGUUGCUGUUGUAUAUAUUUACUAUCGUAGACACAAUUUUGACGCCAGUUUUAUCUCCAGUCAUCACAUACGUGUUCUACAAGGAUCAGAUUGUCUGUCCUAGGUCGAGGGUAAAAUGGAAAAAAACCAGAUCGUUAAGAGCUAUGUACCUGGGUUACUUAACAACACCAUUCGUCAUAUUUUUAAAGGACAAAAUCAGUCAAGUGGUCUUCAUAGCAUUGCAUUUCAGAAUGUGCGUCUUAGCAUCCUCUGUUUUACCGAGGACCGAAGAAUUCCUCAUCCUGGUAUUUUACAUCGGUUUGAUAUUCUCAGAAAUACAGCAGUAUCUCACAUCUAAAUCCCGAGUUUAUCUGCGGAACAUGUGGAACUACGUUGAUGUUGUAACACUUACACUACACGCCCUCAUAUUUGUGCUCCGAAUCACGUCGAUCAUUUACGGGGGAGACCCGUAUCAUAAUCGAUUACUGGAGAAGAUAAACUACUUGUAUGGCAUCAACACUUUGUUCCUUGUCCUGAGAUUCUCCAGUAUUCUGGAGGUCAAUAAGACAGUUGGCCCUCUCCAGCUGGCUUUGUUCCGAAUGUGCAUUGACUUGGUAAUCAUUUUGGUUCAGUUUUUCUUUGUCAUUGUGGCUUUCUCCGUGGCUAUCACGAUGGUUUACACAGCAGAGAUGUCCUAUCUGACGCCAACUCGCUAAGUGGAAAGCAACGGGACUCGAUUUGUGGGCUUUUGCGCAAAGGGAUCAUCGGCCUGUUUAUUCAAAGCAUCCACUCAUCUUAUAUGGUCUGUGUUUGGCCUGACCAAUCCGGAAACAAUGGAGUCUCGUGACAAUUUGUCAACUACUGUCGUUGGUGUUCUGUACGUCAUGUUCUUAAUUCUCUCAGUGAUUAUGUUGGUCAACAUGCUCGUUGCUCUGCUUACAAAUACAUACAACAAAGUCGAGACUAACGCAGAUGUAGAAUGGAAGUACUCCCACGCAGUGAUAGCAGAUGAAUACAGAAGAUAUCAUCCCAUUGUUGUUCCGUUCAAUAUCGUUUCCGUACCAAUUUCCCGACUUUACAUCAAGAUUUAUGGAGAUAAGCGACAUGAGAAAGCUCAAAUCCGGCGGAAUGAUUAUGAGAGGUUUUACAAGGAACAGCUCUUUCCUAAAAUCACGAAACGCUACCUGGAUAAACACGGUGAUUCGUUUCCAAUGUCAAUUGACGCAAAAGUUGAUAUACUUCAUAAAGAUAUGAAAAAAAUAAUGGAGAAGCUGGACGUUAUUCUCAGCAGACAACACGGAAAUCAGGUCCUGGCACAAUUUCAGACUGAUUCAAGAAAUCCCGUUGAAGAGACGAUAUGCUACCAUUCGACAGUUUGAGCAGUUUGAGAGUCGCACAGUUUUGAGAGAAACAUGUAGGGACAACAACGAUCAUGAUGAUGACGAUGACGACAACGAUGACGAUGGCAAUGAUGAUGAUCAUCAUCAUCAGUUUUUUUUUUGUUUCUUUGCCUGUUUCGUUUUUCUAUUUGUUUUUCUCUGUACCCAAAUGUUUGUGUUAUCUUCAUUUCUAAACAUAUAUCAACCCUUUUUCUGAGAUCAGCCACCGAGCCAGAUUAGCUUCUAUAGUGCUAUUGGUGUAUGUGGUACAAGCAAAGCAGGUAAUUGUUAACAUACGCGAAAUAAGCAAGGAACACGCAUAACCGCCGAGGAGAGUGGAUCAAAGUAGCCAAAGCUUGUAGAGAGCUUGUUAUUAGUUUGGGUUAGUCUUAAUAGAAUAUUAACUGUUAAUACUAACAGGAACUGUUUAGUUAUGAUUUAGCUCAAUUCGGAGGUUUAUGGAUACAGACAGCAUGAUUAAGAUAGUAAAAAUUUAUAGCUUAGGGGGUGAUUUGCCUUUCUGAAACAAGACACUUACGGUUCAAGGAAAAAGAAUGGAAUGCUGAGGUAUUUUUACCUAUACCAAUUAUAAAUGCAGAACUGCAGCGCAUUUUUCGUAUUUUGCGCGUGUGUCUGUGUGUGUGCUUUGUAUAUUCCCACUCAUUAAUUUAUGAAUAAAGAUAGGAAAUAACACACCACUUUAGCAAAUGCAGAGACCCACUUUUUAUCAGAAGGAAUCUAUAGUUCUUUAUAAGGGACCAGACUUUGUUCUGGACUACGAAGAAUUAAGCCGACUUUGGCAAGUCUACUAAGAAACUUUUGAGGUGGAAAUAUUCCAUUAAUUUUUCAAACUGUUAAACGUUGCUUUAAUUUGUGUCUGAGAAAAAAUAACUGCAGCAUAAAGCGACAGGCCAAACACGCACUACUGCAGAAAUUCAGAUGAAAUAAAGAAAAAGUUUCUAAAUAAAUGCAACGAAAGGGCCGGCUGAGAAGGUAUUUGCUCAUCAAAAUGGGCAAUAUCAAAAUCAAGCUUUAAAAAAAGAUGGACAUCUAAAGAGAUCUCUAAAUAAAGGAGAGAUAGUCAUCUGCAUAACACACAAAUUAUAACAUUUAGCGUCAACUAAAAUGGACUGUGAAAAUAAGAUGGUUCAUCUGUUUCGGAAAAUGCGUUAGAGUCGUUAAAGUGCCACUAACCCCAAAAAUUUGAAUUCGUUUAGUAAAAUUUACUAGUUUCUCUGAUUACUUCAGCUAAAAAAUUAUCUCGAUCGAUAAAAUCCCUGCAUUUCUACAGGCGUUUCAACAUGUAAUUCUAUAUUCACGACCGCGCAAAGUGGGAUCUUGGUCGGGGUACUAGUGACGCCACUUCGGGAACCGGGCUGAAACACUCAACUCAAGAGACUUUUGACUGCGAUUCGAGGGCUGUCAAAACAUAUUUGGUUUAUUUUGUGAUUCAUAUUUUAUCAAAACUGGACAAGAUAUUUAAGCGAAAGAACUGUAUCAUUUAGCAUUACAAUUUCGAGUCUAGCUACGAUUUGGACGGCUGCGAUGUAUAUAUAUUUUUUCCAUUUCGAAGUCCGGGUCGCCAGUCGAGAUCGCCGCGUUACGUUGUAUUUUAGGCCAGGAUUAGGACCGACAAUUUGCCGGUCCAUUUGGGUUAUAGAGGUACAAAUAAUGGCUGAAAACGGCUAACUUAGAGCUCUUAAAGAGUUGUAAAGAUGUCAAUGAAUACGAAGAGUCGGUAAUUUGACUUUACGGAACGCGCAGAUUUCGGAGUGUCAAAACAUUUUUCGAUUCAAACAUUAAUUCCCCCGAAAUACAAGUUAAUGUGCGAUGUAGUCGUAGUCUACUCCUGCCUACUUCUCCCGAUCAAUGCUUGAAAAUAGUUUUAACAUAAGAGAUAAGCAGAGAUGUCGGCAAAAAAUAUUCAAAGGUGAGGUAACUUUUCGCUUUGUAAUUGUCGACCGACCGUAAUCUAAUACUGUGUACGAACCCAAGCUACACAAAUUUGCAUAUUUCGUACUAGUAAAUCAUGAAAAAUCCUUAGACAAGAUCUUGAAAAGAGGUUCAGUAUAGUAUCGCUUAAAUGAAUACGUUUCUACUUCACUGUUAUUUUGAAUGAAAUGUCCAUUUUACGUACGCUAAAACUUGGGAGUCCUCGACUUAUUAGUUUGCGUUUCGGUUGACUGACGAGCGUAUUCUUCUCUCGAUCAGCACAAUCUCCGUCGGUAGCGAUGAAGUCG